CGAGGAGGAAGGAACAAAUGGACAUAGUGACGGGCAGGAGAGUGGAUCACACUCGAGCAGGUGGAGACGCACGCAUGUCACCUCUAGGGGGACUCCUGCGAUCAUGAAUGGGAUGGGAAUGUGGGACUGGAACUGUCAGUGUGUGUGUGACUGUGUGUGUGUGAGGGAGAGAGAGAGAGAGAAAGAGAGAGGGAGAGAGGAGCGCUGUGAAUGUAGGGUCGUAGCUUUGGCUGGGAAGCGAGAAGGCUGUCCUGCCAAUUUCGCAGUUUUCCCUUGCUUUCCACAAGGACAGACCCGCAUCCGAAGUGUGUCACGGCGGCUGCGUAAAGACCGAAGACAGGGCUAAGCUCCACUGCAGUGUUACGGUUACUCCUACUGGAUGUCCAAUGGAGAACAGGUGGUUUUUAAAGGCACUUGGUGGUGUAUAGUGUUGACACACUGACUGUUUCUACAAAAGAAAGCAACUCAAAUACAGACGCCCCUCUGAUGCUUUUGGCCAAUUUGAGCUCAUGGUGUGUGCUCGCUGGGGUAAACUAGUGGCCUGGCCAAAGAGCGCAGUGUUGCUAAACACAAUUAAGCCAACACAGGAUGUCAUGGGCCAGAGACCUCUUUCCGGGCAGAGUGGACGAGCGAAAGACAGCAUGGGGAGAGCGCAAUGGCAAAAAAAGGAAGGACAGCUCGUCACUAUGCAACCCACGUUACAUGAGCUGCCUGAGGGACCCGGAGGACUUGGAAACCCCUAAUGCUGCCCCUCAAAAUUACCACUGUGGGGCAGGGACCAGUGGGAACAAUUUUGGCCUGCGCUGUGGCUGGCAGGAAGACCACUAUGGGAAACGGAUGGUUGGUGGUGGAGAUCUGGGUCUAAAGGCUGUGAAUCUGGGCUUCGAAGACGGUGAGCUGAAGGGUAGAAAAGAGGAGGAUUUAGGACAGUUGUCUGAGGGCAGCUGCAAGACAAUGACUGCCGCAGACUGUUGUAUGCAGGUCGUGCGGGUUUUUCAAUCCAAGAAAUUUCAGUCCACCAAGCUGGAACGUCUUUACCAGCGGUACUUCUUCAGGCUCAACCAGAGCUCUCUGACCAUGCUAAUGGGAGUUCUGGUGGUGGUGUGCGUUGUUAUGCUUACCUUCCACUGUUUCCAACCUGAGUCAAGCCUCAGACCUGGCUACAUCUCAGUACUGUCUGUGGCCAUGGCUCUUUUCCUGGCGAUGAUGGUGGUGUGCAAUCGCAACGGCUUCCACCAAGAUUACAUGUGGAUUGUGAGCUACCUUGUGAUCGGGGUACUGAUUGUAGUGCAAGUAUAUGGGAUCAUCAGCGUGUGCCCCCACAGGGCAUCAGAGAGCAUCUGGUGGACAAUGUUCUUCAUCUACAUUAUCUAUACCUUGUUGCCAGUCAGAAUGAGAGCUGCUGUGCUUAGUGGAGCUGUGCUGUCCAUCAUACACAUAGUCACCUGGUAUCUCAACAAAGACAAUAAGGAUAAGUUCGUUUUUUUUAAACAGAUCAGUGCCAAUAUCCUGAUCUUCCUGUGCACUAACAUGAUCGGGAUCUGUACUCACUACCCCGCUGAAGUCUCCCAAAGACAGGCCUUCCAGGAGACUAGAGGAUACAUUCAGGCCAGACUGCACCUGCAGAGGGAAAACCAGCAACAGGAGCGCUUACUGCUGUCAGUGCUGCCACAUCACGUUGCCAUGGAGAUGCAGGCUGAUAUCAGUGCCAAGAAGGAAGAUAUGAUGUUCCACAAGAUCUACAUUCAAAAACACGACAAUGUUAGCAUACUGUUUGCGGACAUUGAGGGCUUCACCAGCCUGGCAUCUCAGUGCACGGCCCAGGAGCUGGUCAUGACGCUGAACGAGCUGUUUGCCCGCUUUGACAAGCUGGCUUCGGAGAACCACUGUCUGCGUAUUAAAAUCCUUGGCGACUGUUACUACUGUGUGUCAGGACUGCCUGAGCCCCGUGCUGACCACGCCCACUGCUGUGUAGAGAUGGGAGUAGACAUGAUUGAAGCUAUCUCGCUGGUGAGAGAGGUUACAGGCGUUAACGUGAACAUGCGGGUGGGCAUCCACAGCGGGCGUGUUCACUGCGGGGUGCUUGGCUUGCGCAAGUGGCAGUUUGAUGUGUGGUCUAACGACGUGACCCUUGCCAACCAAAUGGAGGCUGGAGGAAAGGCUGGUCGUAUCCACAUCACCAAAGCGACACUGCAGUAUCUGAACGGGGACUAUGAAGUGGAGCCAGGUUUUGGAGGGGAGAGGAAUGCUUACCUGAAGGAACACAACAUUGAAACCUUCUUGGUGCUGGGCUGCAGCCAGAAAAGGAAAGAAGAGAAAGCCAUGAUAGCUAAAAUGCAGCGUACACGUGCAAAUUCUGCAGAGGGAGUGAUGCCACGUUGGGUGCCUGACAGGUCUUUCAACAGAAACAAGGAGCCUAAAGCCUACCAGAAGAUGGGCAUCGAUGAAGCAUCCAGCAAAGAAAAUCGCUGUACUCAGGAGGCACUGAACACCGAGGAUGAGGUGGAUGAGUUUCUCGGACGGGCCAUCGAUGCGCGCAGCAUUGACCAGCUGAGGAAAGAUCAUGUCAAGAAGUUUCUGCUCACUUUUCAGACUGACGAACUUGAGAAAAAGUACUCUAAAAAAGUUGACAAUCGUUUCGGAGGAUAUGUGGCCUGCAUACUUUUUGUCUUCUGCUGUAUCUGCUUCAUUCAAGUUAUUAUUUUCCCAAAAACGCCGCUUAUGCUCGGUCUUUACAUUAGCGUCUUCGUCAUCCUCGCCAACAUCCUCUUCGUCUGUGCCAUCUACUCCUGCAUCAAACUUUUUCCAGCUGCCUUGCAGACAGUGACCAAGAAAAUAGUCCGAUCUCGAGCAAACAGCACACUGGUGGCCGUCUUCACCAUCCUCCUCCUCUAUAUCUCUUCUUUUGCUAACAUGUUUACAUGCAGCAGAGAGAACCUGAAGGAGUGUGUGGCCAAGGAGUUGAACACAUCAGUGACUUCCUGCCUGCUUCAUAACCUGGCCAGAAACGGUUCGACUCUGUGUUCCAGCCAGACAAUGCCCUGCCAUUUUCCAGAGUAUUUCAGCUACAGUGUAUUGCUGACCCUGCUGGCCUGCUCUGUGUUCCUCCACAUCAGCAGCAUAGGGAAGCUGGCUCUGAUGCUGUUCAUCCAGCUCACUUUCCUCUUGCUAGUGGAGUGGCCUCAGGUGGCCCUGUUCAACAACGCAGACAUACUGGUCGAAUUCUGCAACAAUGUGACCAAGGUCUCCCUAAAGGUCAUGACUCCUAUAAUCCUCACAGUUUUUGUUCUGGCUCUUUACUUGCACGGCCAGCAGGUGGAGUCCACCGCUCGUCUCGACUUCCUCUGGAAGCUGCAGGCUACAGAGGAGAAGGAGGACAUGGAGGAGCUGCAGGCGUACAAUCGCCGCUUGCUCCAUAACAUCUUGCCAAAGGACGUAGCUGCCCACUUCCUUGCACGGGAGCGUCGUAAUGACGAGUUGUACUAUCAGUCAUGUGAGUGUGUUGCUGUCAUGUUUGCCUCCAUAAGCAACUUUUCGGAGUUUUAUGUGGAGCUGGAGGCUAACAACGAGGGGGUGGAGUGUCUCAGGCUCCUUAAUGAGAUCAUCGCUGACUUUGAUGAGAUUAUCAGUGAGGAGAGGUUCCGUCAGCUGGAAAAAAUCAAAACCAUUGGCUCCACCUACAUGGCAGCUUCUGGCCUCAAUGACUCCACCUACGAUAAAGAGGGCCGCUCACACAUCCUGGCUUUGGCUGAUUAUGCCAUGAGGCUUAGAGAGCAGAUGAAAUACAUCAACGAGCACUCCUUUAACAACUUCCAGAUGAAGAUAGGGUUGAACAUGGGGCCUGUUGUAGCAGGGGUGAUAGGAGCCAGGAAACCCCAGUAUGACAUCUGGGGGAACACAGUCAAUGUGGCCAGCAGGAUGGACAGCACAGGCGUGCCAGACUACAUUCAGGUGACUACAGACUUGUACCACGUGUUGGCCAACAAUGGAUACCAGCUGGAAUGUCGAGGUGUCGUCAAGGUGAAGGGGAAGGGAGAGAUGACCACUUACUUCCUCACCAGCGGCCCCCCAGGUAGUUAACGAGAGACCGUUUGACCGCAGAGUGACUCCCACUCCACUGAUACGUCAGAGACUGCAAAGAGAGACAGAGAGUGGUCAGCUCGAAGCGUGGUGCAAGCACUCUGGGGACAGUAGAAGGCCAGCAGAGACGAGACUGUAUGUUGCCACGUACUCAGAUGCACAAAUGGAGGGUGUUGUUCAUGUUAGGAGGUUGUUUUUUUUUCUCCCCAAGCUGCCCGAGAGUUAAUGAAGCCCAGUUGCCUUAGGACGGAAGUGACUAUGCUUGUGUUUAUGAGCAAUAGUACAAGUAUUUCAUCUGGAGUAAUUAUUUAUUUUUUGUGGAAAAAACAAAACAAAACUGUUUUAUAAAAGAAUAUAUGCAAGGACAACACUAUGGAUGAAAAUAACCAAAGAACAAAUGUUUGACAUUUGACACACACUAAUGAAUCUGCUCAAAAAGUACAGUAAACUUAAGUAAUUUAUUCAUCCUUUUGCUAGCAAAGGCCACGGUAAUGUCACUGUCAUUGACAGGCAUGAACCCUUAUUUUGUUGUGGACUUUAUAAUGAAGGAGAACGUGCACGUAUGCACAUAUAUGCAGACAACAAACGCAACUACCCUGUCUUGGAUUUUUGUGUUUCUUAUCAGGGCCUUAUUUGUUUCCUCCAGUCUGUAGUUUUUAACAGCCUGAUCCUCGGCUGUUUGUGGUUCCCUUAAAUCUUUGAGCACUUUGCUCUCCGAAAAAAUUUUUUUUUCUCUUUUUGGUUCAAGCCAAAAACAAGAAGUACGACAUGAAGGAAGCACGAUUGCAUUACUGUCACGGAAAUGAAGAGAGAUUGUUAAACUGUUAUGAAACGUUUUAUACCAGUGUGUGUGCGUGUGUGUGCGUGUGUGUGAGACAAUGUGCUGUAUGCAUGUGUGGUGUGUGUGGGUGUGACCACAUGUUACUGAAUGCUGUUCUUUAUCUAUAAGUGGGCAUACCAUCACUCUUCACUGUGAGGUUUUUAAGAUACUGUAUGACAAUGCUUUCUUGCCAAACUGGUUGCUACGAGGCAUGUUUUAUAUUAUUCUUUGGAGUUAUGUGUCCAUUCCUUAUUUGUGUGUGUGUGUGUGUGUGUGUGUGUGUGUGUGUGUGUGUGUGUGUGUGUGUGUGUGUUAAAAUGAUAAUUUGAAGAGAAUUAUGUCUUCUACGCCUUUUACUGGACUGUGAUUUUGACUGAUUUCAUUCCAACUGAAAGCCUACAUGAUGUAUGUUUUUGGAUUGUGAACCGGUUUCCUGACCACUUCAGGAUUAAGUGUAUGCAGAAAUUUUCUGUCUGCUCUGUAUUGCCUUGAGAUUAUGCAGUUCCAAGGUCCACAUUCUUCAUGGACUAGUAUAUACUUUACACAACAGUAUUUGACCUGAUUUUGUAUUUGGCACACAUAGGCUUGUAACCCCACCUGCCACCACCACCACCACCCCCGAAAUGAGUUAUAUGAAUGUAUGUAUAAAUGAAUAUUUCUGUCUGAAGCUACUGAAGAAAGCUACUCUUUUCCAAACCUUUGGUACUACAGAAGGAGCUAGAUUACUGUACUGGUGGUCAGAUUGAUUCAACUGCAAGGAGUGUUUUGACAUUUUAAACAAGGUUCAAACUUGAUUGAUAUGCUCACUUUUCUGUCCAGAAAUGCGGCCUUCAUGGGCUGCAGAAAAGAUCCUCACUUUUGCUCGUCCCUCUCUGGCUUCAAUAUGAAAGGUUAACUAAACAAUGUUGCGUUUUACUUUUAAAAAAGUGGCAAUCUGAGAGUACUGCAUUAGUGCAUUUAUUGGUCUGAUUAAAUUCCCCUUGGUUAAGAAGUCAACAAAUGUCUGUUUUGGGGUUUUUAUUAUUAUUAUUAUUAUUUACAUUUGUUUAUUGUGUUUAUUUGGAUUGCAGUUUUAAUCUAUGCUGUUGCACACUUUCCCCA